AUGGAGAGAUACCUGGUACCGAAGCCCUCGGAUUCGGAUGCGAGAUCACCGUCGCACAGUCCAGAGUUAAAUGAGCGGGGUCUAAAGGAGGGAAUCUCUACCGAUGCAGAUGUUCCCGAAACAGUCCUCCAAAGAGUAGAUACUUUACCGAAUGAAGAUACAGGAUCAAGUCCACGAGCACAUCAAAGACGACCGAGCGAUGCCUUGCCCGACGUGACGGAAACUGUUCCAGAUGGCCCAGAUGCACCGUCACCGUUGCAAGAUAGCCUCCCGCAACAGAGUCAUGAUAAGCAGGAAACACCUGUGGCCGGCGACGAUAGCGCAAACCAGGCGGCUACAGAUGACUUUGAUGAUUUUGCGGAGGAACAAGACAUGGGGGAAGAUGACUUCGGUGAUUUUGACGAUUUCGAUGAUGGUUUCCAAGAGCCCAGUACAGAGGUUUCUGAUGAGGAACCCGUGGUACAAACACCUCAACUUCAUACACUACCUACAGUUCCACCCCUUGUGGAUUUUGAUUCUUGUCAAUCACUUCCCGAUGUGUUUGCUGCCCUUGACGAACCUCUUGACCGUCUCUUUCCCGCUUCCAAUGAGGUUUCAUCACUCCCUCCCAUAGAACCACUCCGAAACAACUCAGCUAUCUUCAACACUGAACGCUCUUUGUCAUUGUGGUCUCAGCUUGUUGCGCCUCCACCACUACAGCCCCAGAAUUGGGUAAAAUCUCGGAUCCGUCGUCUCUUCCUAGUCUCGCUAGGAGUACCUGUCGAUCUCGACGAGAUCUUGCCAGCUUCGAAACAAAAGAAGCUUGUUUUGCCAUCAAUCAACCCCGGUGGCCCCGACGCCACUUCGGGGACUCAUUCCCGCUCGGGAAGCCAAGUCAGGAAAGAUGACGUUCAGAGUGGUGCCAACAGUCCGUCGACGUCUGGCCCACCUCGGAAUAGAGCUUCAUGGCGACGCGAACCGUCUCCACCGCCCCAAUUAGACCUCCCAGCCGUCCGGCGCCUAUGCUCCACGACAGACGCAGCCCUAGAUGGACUCACGGAUGGCGAAUUACAAGGCCACGUGAAGGAGCUGGAAAAUGUUACGCUCCGUGCUAGCUCUGUCCUCGAAUACUGGCUGAAACGACGAGACGGCCUAGUAAGUGAGAAAGAAGCGUUCGAGGGCGUGAUUGAGAACCUUGUCAAUCACGCCAGGCGUGUGAGAAAAUAA